CAAGUAAUAGCAAAAAAAUAACAGAAAUUUAAGUGAAACAAUAUUAAUUUGAAACAAUCGAAAUAAAAAAUGGAUUCAUUUUUUGUGCAACUGAAGAAAUUAAGUGACUAUAAGCUGUAUGGUCAAGCCCUUCAAAUUGCUUUAGUACUAGAGGCAGACUACGAAAAAGAUCGUUCAUUGUUGAUACCUGAACAGUAUUUUUUACUGCAAAUUUACAUUGCACAGAGCUACAAUCAUCGAAAGCAAUAUCGCAAAGCUGCACAAAUCUAUCGCAAUGCAUUGAUUGCGCGCAAACAAAUUGUAAAGGGCAAAAGUGCAAUGGCUAUGAACUAUGAGAACCUCAUUGAAAUGUAUCCGGAAAAUGAAAUACGCUAUCAAAUUGCACUUAGUCUGGAACAAGUGAACGAAUUUCAAGAGGCAUUAUCAGCACUAAAUGGUAUUUCGAAUCGUCAGCGCAAUCUUACCAUUAAUAUGAUGAUUGGAAAACUAUCAAUGCAAAAUGGAAAAUGUCAAAAUGCCGUGACCGCUUUUGAAGCAGUAUUACGAGAAUGCCCAAUGGCUCUCGAUGCUAUAAAAGAAUUAUUGACAUUAGGCGUAACUGAAUUGGAAAUUAGCAACAUCAUUUCAGAAACAAGUCUUCCAAUUCAAGUUGUGGACUGGAUCAAUACUUAUCUCGAUGCCUCGGCGGCGAUGAAAAAAUGUAAAUUUACCGAAGCGAUCUCAUUUCUUGAAACCAUCGAAUCAAAGCCGCAAUUCGGAAACAAUGAAUUGAUUACGGUUAUGCUAGGGCAAUGCUACUACUUAAAUGGCGAUCAUGAUACCGCUCUUACUCAUUUUCAGCGUGCGUACUCCGCCAAUAACGACUGUUUGGAUGUACUCAAUAUGAUGGGCGCAAUCUAUGCUAAGAAAGGCGACUCCACGGAACUGGAAAAAUUAACUCAACUUUUUGUGAACGCAGCGGAAUACACAUCGGAGCAUUGGCUCAUUUAUGGCUAUCACUAUUAUGUUAUGAAAAAAUUCGAAAAAUCCUCUUACUUCGCGCAUAAAGCAUGCUAUCUAAAUCCGCGAAAUAUUGAGGCUUGUCUUUUAAAAGCUCGUGUUUUCCUUGAGUUGAAGAAGUACGAUGAAGCCCUUAUUCAGCUAAGACUUUUGAUCCAGUAUGCAAAUAAUCGAUUUGAAGUGCAUGAAUGUUUGGUGCAUGCUUAUAUUGGAAUGUCUCGAUGGCGCGAAGCGCAAUUACAAGCAAAUGAAGCAUAUCGAAUUUUGGGCAAAUCGCCGCGCAAUUAUGUCUUGGGUGCUCAAACUUAUAUUGCGGGAAACACAUUGGCGGCACGAUCAAAGGCAAAACCAUACUUAGAAAAGGCAUUGAAAUUGAAUAAAAAUUAUCAGCCGGCCAUUCUAUUUUUGGUUACAUUACUAGUGGAAGAAGGAAACACAUCGAAGGCCAUACAAUUGCUACGAAAAUUGGCUGCAGUAAGACCAUCACCGGAAAUUUACUCGAAAAUUGGCGACAUUUAUGCAGAGCGCCAAGAAAGGAAAGAAGCUAUCGAAUGCUAUACAGAAGCUCUGCAUUUGGAUCCGUUGAAUCGUAGAGCACUCAGCCAGUUGGAAGUAUUGGAAAAGCAAUCAAAUAAAGAUGAUGAAGCUGGCCCAUCGAAUAUCGGUAACAAUGAUGAUGAUAAUUCCGAUAUGAUGGAUGUUCAAACAGAUGCCACUGAUGCUGGCGGCGAAGAGGGUGAUGUUGUACCUUUGCCGGGAGAAAUCGAAAGUGAAACUCUAUGGUCUGACACAGAUCAAGAAGUAUUGCAACCGUAUCAAGACUAAAAAUUGAAGAUUUUUGUUUGGAUUUGAAUACUUUUGAAUGAUUCUUUAUUAUAUCAUUCCAAACAUACAUCUUCAUGGAUAUAUUGAUUAUAAUCAAUUUUUUAAUAAUUUUAAUCAAUAAAGUUUUUAUCUAUUUGUUAAUCGAAUGAAAAAUAAAUCAAA